UUUUGAAUGAAAAGAAACUUCAAGAGGUUGAUAGUUUGUGGAAAGAAUUUGAAACUCCAGAGAAAGCAAAUAAAAUAGUAAAGCUGAAACAUUUUGAGAAAUUUCAGGAUACAGCAGAGGCAUUGGCAGGGCUGGUUUUUUCCCUACAUGUGAUGAGAGGUGAGAAGUGGUUAAGUUGAUCUCCCUGUGGAAACCAACAGCAUAAUGCUGAAGCACAAUUCAGUAAAAGCUGUUCUGCAAGGGAUCAAGAUAGCAGAUGAAAUGCACUUGAAAUUCAAAUGAUUGGGAAUUUGAAUUCCCAAGGAGGAAAGAGCAAGUACCUGGCUGAUUAAGCACAAACUGCUGCCUGACCUUAGAAAUUGUGACAGACUUCCUGCCAGGCAUACUUUAAGUUCAGCCAAAACCCAGACAACUAGAAGAGCAUUCACAGCUCUGAUGGAGGGCAAAAUCAAUAAGCAGCUGAAGAAAGUUCUGAAGAAAAUAGUUAAAGAAGCCCAUGAACCCCUGGCUGUAGCUGAUGCUAAACUAGGAGGCGUCAUAAAGGAAAAGCUGAAUCUCAGUUGUAUCCAUAGUCCUCUUGUUAACGAACUUAUGAGGGGAAUCCGUUCACAGAUGGAUGGAUUAAUCCCUGGGGUAGAACCACGUGAAAUGGCAGCCAUGUGUCUUGGGUUGGCACACAGCUUGUCCCGAUACAGAUUGAAAUUUAGUGCUGAUAAAGUGGAUACAAUGAUUGUUCAGGCAAUUUCCCUGUUAGAUGACUUAGAUAAAGAACUAAACAACUACAUUAUGCGGUGUAGAGAAUGGUAUGGCUGGCAUUUCCCUGAAUUAGGAAAAAUUAUUUCGGAUAAUUUGACAUACUGCAAGUGUUUACAGAAAGUUGGCGAUAGGAAGAAUUAUGCCUCGGCCACACUUUCUGAAUUAUUGCCAGAAGAGGUUGAAGCAGAAGUGAAAGCAGCUGCAGAGAUAUCUAUGGGAACAGAGGUUUCAGAAGAAGAUAUUUGCAACAUUCUGCAUCUCUGCACUCAGGUGAUUGAAAUCUCCGAAUAUAGAACCCAGCUCUAUGAAUAUCUGCAAAAUAGAAUGAUGGCCAUUGCACCCAACGUUACAGUCAUGGUUGGUGAAUUAGUUGGAGCACGGCUUAUUGCUCAUGCAGGUUCUCUUUUGAAUUUGGCCAAACAUGCAGCUUCUACAGUUCAGAUUCUUGGAGCAGAAAAGGCACUCUUCAGAGCCCUCAAGUCUAGACGAGAUACCCCUAAGUAUGGUCUCAUUUAUCAUGCUUCACUUGUAGGCCAGACAAGUCCCAAACACAAAGGAAAGAUUUCUCGGAUGCUGGCAGCCAAAACUGCUUUGGCCAUCCGGUAUGAUGCUUUUGGUGAAGAUUCCAGUUCUGCGAUGGGAGUUGAGAACAGAGCCAAAUUAGAGGCCAGGUUGAGAACCUUGGAAGAUAGAGGGAUACGGAAAAUAAGUGGAACAGGAAAGGCAUUAGCAAAAGCAGAAAAGUAUGAACAUAAAAGUGAAGUGAAGACUUACGAUCCUUCUGGUGACUCAACACUGCCAACCUAUUCUAAAAAGCGCAAGAUUGAACAGGUAGACAAAGAGGAUGAAGUGGUUGAAAAGAAGGCCAAAAAAGCCAAGGUUAAAAUUAAAGUUGAAGAAGAGGAGGAAGUAGAAGUAGAAGAAGAUGUAGUAGAAGUGGUGGAAGAACAGGAGACAUCUGUGAAGAAAAAGAAGAAAAAGGACAAAAAGAAACACAUUAAAGAAGAACCGCUUUCUGAAGAAGAACCAUGCACCAGCACAGCAAUUGCUAGUCCAGAGAAAAAGAAGAAAAAGAAAAAAAAAAGAGUUAAUGAGGACUAAUGGAAGGAACCAUUCUUUCAAAGAUUUCUUAAUUGAAUCACCUGGAUACAUCAUGUUUAAGAUUCAGUCAGAAAUACACCAGAGAUGCUCUCUAAAAUAAUCAAUGGGAGGUUGGAUGAAACAAAAUGAUUAAUCAUCAAUAGCAUUUCAUACCUAUUUGUGUCUCAACAUCACAUCAACUGUGUUAAUUUUAUUAUAUCAUUAUUUCUUAGAAUAUUUGUUAUACAAAUAAAAAUAUUUUCUUUGUAUUUUAA